AUGGGAGAUCAAUCGUCGAGAAAGAACCUCAAACGGGCCUUCUUAGAAGACGAAGAUUCCGAUAUGCAACCACCAGAAAAGCGAGUUCGGUUUCCAAAGGGGAAGAAAGCUAAACCUGAGCAGCUCUUAGAGGAAGAAGCUGUAGCUCGCCGCCAAGCCCGUACUGCUGCUAAGGAGCGCGCACAGAUUCGCAGUCAGAAUACUGCUCACCUCUUUAUCGAUGAUGAUGAGAAUGCUGAGGCUGAGGAGACUUAUGAGAAUGAUGAGAACCGCACAGAAGAUGGGAUCCAGAUUGAAGCUUUUAGUUUGGACAGAGAGAAAGAAGAAGGUUACUUUGAUGCUGAUGGGAACUUUGUAGAAUACGUCAGAGAAAAGGAAGUGCAGGAUGCAUGGCUUGACAGUAUUGAGACUAAUCCACUGUAUAUGGGACGGUCUGCUGCAAAUGAUACUGAGAAGGAUGAAGACGGCGUGGAUGAAAAACCAGUGGAGGAACUUUCUCAGGAAGAUAUUGGAGUCAUGAAGAGGCGCAUUGCUAACGUCCUUGAACCAGGAGAAACGGUCCUGCGAGCGUUAAGGAGGUUAAAAGGGAACUCGAAAGAUCGCAAGGUGAAGAUGACAUCCGAGACAAAGGUUAUCUUUGAUCAGCUUACCGAGGAUGCGGACAAGCUCAUUCAGAACGGCGAUUACAAUGUUUAUCACGAGGAUCAAGAAGUUUUCCAGCGUGAAGCAGAGGGAUAUGAGAGACUAGCUCAAGCGAGAGGAAAUGGGACUGCUAAUACAGAAUCUUGUGAUAUGUUUGGCGAUGAUGAAGAUGUUCCCGAUCCUUCCUCUGGUUUACCUUCUGGCUUCAUCUCGGGCACUCAGCUUAAUCCUGGUAGCACAGUUGCUGAAACCGGAGCUUUGCAACAUGAUGGAUCUGAUUAUGUGUUUGACGAGUCUUCAGGGUACUACUACAGCAGCAGCUCGGGUUACUAUUACGACGCAAACACUGGACUAUACUGCUACGCAACAACCGGCAAAUGGUACAAGUACGACGAAGAGACGAAGGAAUACGAAGAAGUGGUGUCUGAAGUUGCUUCGGGAGAAGCUUAG